AUGAUGUUUAAUACUAGAAGAGCGGGGCCAUCAUCAGGGCUUCAGGUAUCGUCGAUGGAUGAGGAGCGCUUUGAGAUUGUAGAAUAUACGUCUACCUCUUAUUGGGAUCGUUUUGUGACUAUGGUGGAAGAGGUAUUAAGAGCCUGGGAAGUCUCCGAUGGGUCUUUUGGAAUAUUUGAUGACUCUAAAUUACAUUUGCUACGGGAAAUUGACUUUAAAGUUAUCGAUCCAUAUAUCAGAAAAGAGACAAUCAUACUCGACGAUAAUUCUUACACGCUGUCCUACCACUGCCAUCCCGGUAGCAAAUGGCUGGAUGAAAACACUGCAUCUCGGGAGUCUUCGGAAUAUACGUCGGCAAAUCAACCUUGUAAGACUCCUGAAUUUCUUCCUUUAUCACUUCCAACUUGCUCGUUGGGCGCACAGAUAGAAUUUCACAAUCUACAUCGAUGGACCGGAUGGCGACAUCUUCUAGUCAUCACACCAACAACUAGAUCCGAUAUUUAUAAUACAAGCUCUAUAGAUCGAAGUACUACAGAGCGUGUCUUGGAGUCUUUUGUUAUCGCAUUUAAGAAUAUAAAAUGCAAUCUGCCAGUGUUUGUUCCAACCGGACAACUUUCGAAUUCUUUAUACGAGGGUCAUUUAUGUUUAUUUCCGCAAGAUUUGAGCAACGAACAAUUUAUGAAGUUUCGAUUUCAUAUGUUACAAGUCCGUGACGUCCAACCAGCUCAUACUCAUUUGUCAGGGUUGACUUCUCUAUUCUCGGAGAAAUUAAAGUUACAUCAACGUUUGCACGAAGAGAGAGAAAACGAGAGCGAAAACACAAUACCAAAACUUAAGAUAAAUGUAUCGGCUUUAUUUACUUACGAACUGGUAAAUUUGGAUGAUGAAGACUGGCGAAGGUUAGGUGAAGACUGUGACACUAUAAGCUCAAGAAGUAAUGCUGCAUUUGACGAGGAUCUGUUCUUGGACGGGUUUGAGCAGGCUGAUGUAGCGUCAUAUGCGACAGGAAAUGUCGACUACCAAGAGACGUCUCAGAACGCCGGGUAUACUCGUACCACGACCUGUCUAUUCAAGUUACCAUUUGGCCCAGUAAAAGAUCCUUUAAUAUCGUUAACACUCACUGUAUUAUUUCCAUCUGCGCCACACGAAGCGUAUACGGAUGAUGAUGUAUAUACGGAAAUGGAUGCCGUGCGCGCACCAAUAUGGUCAUUGACUUGCAAGUUUGCAACUGAAGAGACGCCAUAUGCACAGCUUGCUAAUAUUCUCCAAGAAGCUAUUCAAUCUUGGUUAAGAGACACUUCAAACACCGUGUCGGCAAGUAUGCCGAUUUACCAUAGAUUACCCCGACCAGAUUUCGUUCGCAACAAUAAAUUCAACGGCGCCAAGAAAUCCUUUGCUGAGCAGCAGGAACCGCAGGGAUCAGUUGCACUUACAAUAGUCGAUAUGGUGGACAUUGAUAACGUAAUGCAUGCUUUAUUUGAUCCAUACAGAAAUAGUGGAUUGGCUCCAGAAACUGCCACGGAACCCACAAUUUUGCCGAAUGGUAUAACGUUCAUGAAUGCGACUACGCUCGAUCUUAAUUUCAGACAUGGUACGAUAGUACCCUCCAAGUCGCUCUUAUGGAACUUGCUAGAAUACCUGUUGGAGUCAGUUUCUCCUGCAACCAAUAGCCAUUCCUCCUUGAUGGGAUCAUUAAAGAUUAUAUGGAAUGAGGUAUUGAAGCGUAUUAAACAGUGUUGGGAACGGAGAGAAACGAUACCCAACGUUGACAUAUACCGCAUGUUAGAUAAUGUAGAGCGGAACGGCCUGCACAAGUCGUCAACUGAACACAACGAUCGAAAACGGAUAGGAAUCGAUCUUCGUUUUAAUAUUGUUCAUCAAAAGCUCUGCAUGAUCAAUUGCUGUAUUGAACGCUUACCAAAAACGCAACGGGAUGGUACCCCAUUAUCUACAAGCUCACACUCACUUCGCCAAAGAAUUCCCUCCAGCAGCUCUUUAAAUUCAUCCUUUACAAACAUUUUAAACCCCAAAAUACCAUCAUCUGAAAACGUGUCGAAAACAUUUGAAAGUGAAAAUGUUGAUGCUGUACUCAUUAAUUCCUUCAACAGUAUAUCCACGGAUGACUUGCCGUCAAUUGACCCGUCGGCUUCGGUAAUCCUUGUCGGUAAUAACUCGGACAUCUUCUCCAAUAGCGCUUCGGUUACUAGCUCUCCGUCAUCCGCAGUCUUCCCAGUACCAAGUCGAAUGGAUAAACAUGCCAAUCCAACCCAGUCGCCGACCAUAAAUGAUUUGAUAUUUAUCGAGAAAGAAAUGAUCAACGACGUUGAAGUUACCGGGGCGUUGGAUUAUCAAAACAAUCGGUCCGCUGCUCAACUUCAACUAACGAAUAGUUCUCCAGCGAUUGGGAACGGAAACGGAAACGGGAAUGGAAAUGCUUUUUCACCAACGCCUUCGUCGUUCUCGGAGCAUUCCGAUCCCAAUCCAAAUUCUCUAUUAACCGAUUCUUUUGUUCAACUGAGUUACUCGUCCAGUUCAGAGUCGAUUCCGGGAUUUGACUGUGGCUACGGGAGUAGUAAACCGGGAUCGAACGGGAGCAUCAGCAUCAACGAGAACUCUAGUGAAGUCAUUGAUGAACACGCGAGAGAAGGGCAUUUGUACAUGUUGUCAGGAGUUUGUUUGCAAAAGACAGGAGAACCAGUUUGGAUACCAGAGACACAAGAGGCAGGUCUUUUGACCGAGGAUAUGGUCAGAGAGCAGGAAGAAUUCUUGGCAAAUUUGGGGUGCUCGGAAUCUGCUAGUAGAAAACGCGCAGAAAUUCAGUCUUCUUGUUUAAAGUCAGAUAUGGAGGCCUUCAAAGCUGCUAACCCGCAUGCAACUCUCGAAGAUUUUGUUCGGUGGCAUUCACCACGCGAUUGGAUCCCAGACGGAGGGGACGAUCCAGACAAGGGCCGCUUAAGCCCGCGGAUGUUAAAAGAAGGAAACUUUUGGCAAAAUUUAUGGGAGCGUGCACGCAGAGUUCCAGUCAGUCGACAAAAGCCGCUUUUCGACCAUUUAGAUGAAGGAGAAAAGGCAUUGAAAUAUCUCGAAGAAAUUUUAAUUGAUGAUCUCUUUGUUCAGUUAUUGCCGACCAUGUUUCUCAUUGCCUAUGAUACGCUAGCCUCGCAUUCCAUUGCACGUGAGAUUAGGCCCGUUACGUUAGGUUUAGCAGAAUUGGCUCAAGCAUUAACGCGUUUUUCCUGGACCGAAACAGAGUUACAAAAUACUGCCUGUGCUAACAUAAUAGCAAAGUUUCGGGAAAAUGAAAAAUUAAUGGGCAAAGCAAUAUCCUUGUUGCGUAAAUUACCCAAACAAUUUCAUUUGGUAGAAAGAAUAAUAACCGAGGCGGAGACACAAGUUCGAGAUGGAAAAGAACGCGAGGCAGUGUAUGACCUGUUUGCAUCUGGAGUAAAAAAUAGUUCGUUUCCACAUCCAACGACACGUGAAUUCAUUUUGCGCGCAACAACCACCGAUUCGAUAUCCAUCUCACCACGAAUGUAUGUACUAAUUAAUAUGAAUGGGAUGAGAAUGUCAAUAGUUGAUAAGGUGGAGGAUUCAGACGAGCAGUCUCAGAAAUGGGAAGCAUCGUGA